ACUCUGUCUGCAUACCAGAGUACAGGAAACCCCUGGUGGCAAUGUUACUGGUACUCUAACGCUUUGCCUCGAGACUCACACCUUAUCGUUCUCACUCAAUGUCUCACUGCAGUUCUUCUUCGGAGCCUUAGAACCACGGACCAUCACCUUAUUACCUCAUUUCUCUUCUGCGACACACCGACAAACAACCACCGUCACGUCUCUCCGACCCAACAUGAGGAAGGGGCUCCAGGGAAGCCAGGCUGCUCACACAGGGCAGUGGGAAGAAAAGGAGAGGAAAGAGGAGAGGCAUCACGAGCAGCAGCAGCUGGGGGGGGCAGAGAAAAAGUUAGUAGCGUUCUGGUUGUCCUUGUCCCAGAGGACGUGGACAUUUUUCAGGCCCCGCAGUGGCGAACGCACUGGCUGCUUCCAGCGGAGCCCCUCCGCAGCUCGCCUGCUGAAGAGCGAGGCGUGAGGAGUGCGAGAGGCCAAAGGCAGUCCGUGCCAUUCUUUAGCUUCAUCCACCAUUAGCAAAAAAAAUAAUGUUUUUGUUAUAUUAGUAACGUUGGCUAAAGACAGAAGCACAAGAGAGAGCGACAGGUGAAGGACAAGAGGAGGGAGGGAGGUUCGUCAAAUGCCCUCUUCUUCUUUUCUGGGCUUCCUCCGGAUUCUUUACCUUGGGGAAAAGCGUUAGGCAGCAGCUGAACUGUUACUUUUUGAACAUUACGACAACAGACUGUCAUUACAUUUACUUCACGUUCAGAACAUUAAGGCAAGAAACUGUGACUCAAAAGGCAUCGUGCUGCUGUCGACUGGAAGAACUUCCUGCCCUCCUCUUGUUGUCGUCAAAGCCAGGCCUCCCUCCUUUGAAGAAACUUCCACUCGCAAAACUAAACUAUAAAGUUACCAUAGAGGAGAUAUUAGUGGUGGAGAUUGCUGGAGGUUAGUGUGACAAGGGGCAGGUGUCGCUCCCUAAACCCCUACUCGUCUUCACAGGAAGAGAUGGGGUAACUGGGACCUGCUGAGACCAUGGUGGUCACCCAUCUGGAGCUGGAACUGUGCUACCAAGGGAAGAAGCUGAGAGGCUUCACCUGUAAGCUGACCCGCUCCCCCUAUGGCUACCUGCCUGAGAGUGCCUGGCUCAUCGCAGCCCAGAUCCUACUGCCCUUCCUGGUGGCCGGCCUGGGCAUGGUGGCAGCGGGCAUAGUCAUGGACGUGGUGCAACACUGGGAGGUGUUUAAGGAGAUCACAGAGGUGUUUAUCUUGGUGCCAGCCCUGGUGGGACUGAAAGGCAACAUAGAGAUGACACUGGCAUCCAGACUGUCUACAGCAGCAAACACUGGGCAGAUGGAUGACCCGAAGCAGCAGUGGAGGAUGGUGUGUAGCAACUUGGCUCUUAUUCAGGUCCAGGCAACAGUGGUGGGUUUCCUGGCUGCGGUAGCCGCAGUGGGGUUGGGUGCGUUGACCAGGGGUCGUGUAGACUUUCUACAGGCUGCUGUCCUAUGUGGCAGUAGUGUCACGACAGCCUUUGUAGCUGCCCUGUCCUUGGGACUAGUGAUGGUGGGAGUGAUCAUCGGCUCCAGGAAGGUGGGCAUCAACCCUGACAAUGUGGCAACACCCAUCGCCGCCAGCCUGGGUGACCUCAUCACCCUCUCUCUGCUGGCCGGGGUCAGCAGCUUCCUCUUCAGGUUCAAAGAGAUGUGGUACCUGCCUGUGCUGGUGUGUGGCUUCUUCCUGGUUCUCAUCCCGCUGUGGGUGGUCAUUGCCCGGCGCUCUCCUCCAAUUAGAGAGGUCCUGAGGUCUGGGUGGCAGCCCGUCAUCGUAGCCAUGUUCAUCAGCAGUAUCGGAGGCCUUAUUCUGGACAAGACCGUGAGCGACCCGAACUUUGAGGGCAUGGCAGUGUUCACCCCAGUAAUCAACGGUGUGGGAGGUAACUUGGUGGCCAUCCAGGCCAGCCGCAUCUCCACCUACCUCCACUACUGGAGCAUGCUUGGGACCCUGCCCUCCAAGAUGGCACAACACUGGCCUGGCCCCUGCCUGACCUUCUGCUCCUCAGGGGUCAACUCCAAGUCAGCCAGAGUUCUGGUCUUCCUGGUGGUUCCGGGUCACCUGCUCUUCCUCUACACCAUCCACUUACUGAAGGGCGGCCACGGCGCCCUCACGUCUGUCUUCGUCUGCCUAUACCUGUGUGCAGCCCUGCUACAGGUGGUGAUUCUGCUGUACACGGCUGACCUGAUGAUGCGCUGGAUGUGGCGGCGGGGGCUGGACCCGGACAACUACUCUAUCCCGUACCUCACGGCUCUGGGGGACCUGUUGGGGACCGGCUUCCUGGCCCUGACAUUCAGAGCCGUUCUAUUGGGCAUUUCCUCUGGGAUGAAGGGGGUUUGAGAGAAGGGGCUAAUCCAUCAGCCUAUUUCUGUCCAACAUGGUCUUAUUGAAUAUAUUCAAAUAGAGACAUUUAGCCAUUGUAGUUAUAUGUCAGUUAUGCUGACAUAUUAUAUGUUGUUCUGUUCAUCCAUAAGCAACUCUGUUCAGGUCAUAUUUAAUUGAUAAUGCCCGAGAAGCCAAUGUUCAGAGGCUAUAUUGGCAGGGUUGUUGUUAGGCCCGAGACGAAAUGCCAAUAUAUCCUCCAUCGGUUCGAUUGCCAGAGACGCGACCCAGUCGUUCGUUCUAAAUGUUCCACUGCCAUACUGACUGGCAACGUUCUUAUUCCUUGCUUGCUAGCUAGCCAAUUAGUGCUAACUUACAGUCAAGUCAAAAGGUGCAGCCAGAAUAACAGCAAAGUAUUUGCAUUUGUUUAAGCUGUUUUCAAAAGACAUUUAUUUGGAUACAUCCAUAACAAUGAGCUAAUGAGGUACGAUUUCACCUGGCGUAGAAAUGUGGUCACUCGUCAGGCCACUGUUGUUCAGAAGAGCUAGUCAACAACACAGCUAACACAAUCACUUCAAACUGAAGCUGGAAAGCCUGAAAACUAGCUGCACUUGGUUUCGUUUGACCUUGUUUCAAUUUACAUUUAUUUGUGUAUAACCAUAAAAAUGAUGCCAGCUGAUUCAUUAUUUCGACUGGCUAAGACACGCUUCCCGUCUCGUCCCGUUCAUUACUAAAUCAAAUCAAAUUGUAUUGGUCAGAUACACAUGGUUAGUAGAUGUUAAUGUGAGUAUAGCGAAAUGCUUGUGCUUCUAGUUCCGACAAUGCAGUAAUAACCAACGAGUAAUCUAACCUAACAAUUACAAAACUACUACCUUAUACACACAAGUGUAAAGGGAUAAAGAAUAUGUACAUAAAGAUAUAUGAAUGAGUGAUGGUACAGAACGGCAUAGGCAAGAUGCAGUAGAUGGUAUCGAGUACAGUAUAUACAUAUGAGAUGAGUAAUGUAGGGUAUGUAAACAAAGUGGCAUAGUUUAAAGUGGCUAGUGAUACAUGUAUUACAUAAAGAUGCAGUAGAUGAUAUAGAGUACCGUAUAUAGAUAUACAUGAGUAAUGUAGGGUAUGUAAACAUUAUAUUAAGUAGCUUUGUUUAAAGUGCCUAGUGAUAUUUUUCCAUCAAAUUCCAUUAUUAAAGUGGCUGGACUCAAUGUUAGUGGUGGCUGUUUAACAGUCUGAUGGGCUUGAGAUUAGAAGCUGUUUUUCAGUCUCUCGGUCCCUGCUUUGAUGGACCUGUACUGACCUCGCCUUCUGGAUGAUAGCGGGGUGAACAGGCAGUGGCUCGGGUGGUUGUUGUCCUUGAUGAUCUUUAUGGCCUUCCUGUGACAUCGGGUGGUGUAGGUGUCCUGGAGGGCAGGUAGUUUGUCCCCGGUGAUGCGUUGUGCAGACCUCACUACCCUCUGGAGAGCCUUACGGUUGUGGGUGGAGCAGUUGCCGUAUCAGGUGGUGAUGCAGCCCGACAGGAUGCUCUCGAUUGUGCAUCUGUAGAAGUUUGAGUGUUUUUGGUGACAAGCCGGAUUUCUUCAGCCUCCUGAAGUUGAAGAGGCACUGCUGCGCCUUCUUCACGACGCUGUCUGUGUGGGUGGAUAAAUUCAGUUUGUCCGUGAUGUGUACGCCGAGGAACUUAAAACUUACUACCCUCUCCACUACUGUCCAGUCGAUGUGGAUAGGGGGGUGCUCCAUCUGAUGUUUCCUGAAGUCCACAAUCAUCUCCUUUGUUUUGUUGAGGUUAUUUCCCUGACACCACACUCCGAGGGCCCUCACCUCCUCCCUGUAGGCCGUCUCGUCGUUGUUGGUAAUCAAGCCUACCACUGUAGUGUCAUCCGCAAACUUGAUGAUUGAGUUGGAGGUGUGCAUGGCCAUGCAGUCGUGGGUGAACCGGGAUUACAGGAGAGGGCUCAGAACGCACCCUUGUGGGGCCACAGUGUUGAGGAUCAGCGGGGUGGAGAUGUUGUUAUCUACCCUCACCACCUGGGGGUGGGCCGUCAGGAAGUCCAAUACCCAGUUGCACAGGGCGGGGUCGAGACCCAGGGUCUCGAGCUUGAUGACGAGUUUGGAGGGUACUAUGGUGUUAAAUGCUGAGCGGUAGUUGAUGAACAGCAUUCUCACAUAGGUAUUCCUCUUGUCCAGAUGGGUUAGGGCAGGGUGCAGUGUGGUUGCGAUUGCGUCGUCUGUGGACCUAUUUGGGCAGUAAGCAAAUUGGAGUGGGUCUAGGGUAUCAGGUAGGGUGGAGGUGAUAUGGUCCUUGACUAGUCUUUCAAAGCACUUCAUGAUAACGGAAGUGAGUGCUACGUUCAUUACUAUGGGACAGCUGAAGAUCAAAUUUGAAUAUUGAAACAAUGUUGCAAAUGUCGAAGAGACAGACAGGAAGGUUUAUACAAAUCUCCGCUGUUGAAAACGAAAUGUUAGUCUAAAAGAAACAUGAGAAUGUCUAGAUGCUUUUUAUAGUGGAGAUCAAGUUUAUAAAUUGCUUGGCAGGGGUUGAUGAGACAAUGGAUUGCGCAGUCAGAUGGAACAGAGUAAAUAGACAUUUGAACUUUUUAUAGAUUUAGCCGGUGGUAACUUGUGGAAUAGACACCGGCUGGAAUGCUGUUUUAACCAAUCAGCAUUCAGAAUUAGACCCACCCGUUGUAUAAACAACUGUAUGCAAGUGGCUGGAUUUAAGUGAGGGAGAAAAGAUUCAACAACAUAGCUUACCGACAACCACCAAGCUUGACUUCACAUAGUCUUUAGUCUCCGAUAACGAAUGAAUGCUGCUGAACCUCCCAAGUGUCUAGCGAUCUAAGACAGUGCAUCACUACAGAUCCUGGUUCAAUCCCAGGCUGUGUCACAGCCGGCCACGACCGGGUUAGGGGAUGGUUUGGCCGGCCGAGUUGUCCUUGUCCCAUUACGCUCUAGCUCUGGCGCAAUGCAUGCUGACACGUUCUCCAGGUGUUUCCUCCGACACAUUGGUGUGGUUGGCUUCUGGGUUAAGCAAGCAUUGUGUCAAGAAGCAGUGCGGCUUGGAGGGUUCGUGUUUCGGAGGACGCACGGAUCUCGACCUUCACCUCUCCCGAGUCUGUACGGCAGUUGCAGCAAUGGGAAAAGACGAUGGAGAAAAAUGGGUAAAAAAAAGACGUGUAUGCUGCUAAGGGAGUACCUGUAUACUGUAGCUAAAAUGUGCUUUGAGCACCCAAUAACCAUAUAGAACUGUUGAGAAGUGCUCUAAUGUCUGUAAAUGCUUCAUAGUAAACUGGCAAAUGCACUGUACUGAAGCAAUAAUGUUGUCUGUACUUGUUUUGUUGACUGUCUAUACAUUUAUACUCAUGCUCAAAAAUGGUCACAUCUGCACUCUCUGGAUGUGCACAAUAUUAAUCAAUAGAUGGCAUAGGGUGUAUCCAGUGUCACAAUUUCAAUGAUCAAGCACUGCUAUUUUCAUGUGUGCCUUCAACCCAUUACUGUACAAGCUAGAGGAGUCAUGUAUUUUUUAUGAUAUCAGCAAUGUUGCUUAUUAGUCAGUUAGUCUGCCACAUUUAAUUGGUUUAAAAGUUCAUGUUUGUAUCAAUGUAUAUAAUACCACUGCUUGACAUUGUUCACAUUUCCCAAUGAUAAUUUCUUUUGUGCAUAAAAGUGUUAUGAUUUCUCUUCAAAUAAAUCAUCCCUUUUAAAUAAAUGAAUACGCACUUUUAAAAACAGGCUUAAAUCAUAUUAGCUGCUCUGCAUUGAACAUGACAAUAUGACUUCUAUAAAUUGUAUAGAAUCGUAUUUUAAAUUGUACAGGACCCAUGUUGACUUAGUAUGUCUGCUAAUGACUCAUCUGACUCGAUCAUACCUAGAGCAGGUUAUUUUAGUUACACAAUUACUUUGUUUCAAUGUGUUCCUUUGUUGGAAUAAAACCAUUCAC